ACAUAAACCCCGGCGAUUCUGCGCAUUGUAGAGUUACAGAUUUGUGUUGAUUGUGAGGCGUGUGAUGCUCUGGGUUGAGAUCGGAUACAGUAGGGCUGCUGAUGCUGCUCAUGCAGUUUAAGAACACGAUGCGUGAACACUCGUCACGAGACCGCCGCGCGCAACUCAAUACAGCAUCAAACGGAUAAUAGCCUAUCAUACAUUAUGGACCCUCUGUCCUUUAUUUAAAAGAAAAGUGUGGUGCUUAAACCUUAAACAGAUGUACAGAAGAUGGGGGAUAAGUUCGAGUUGCUGAAGACACCUGUCAAUAGGAUAGUCGUGCGGAAGAAGAACAAGAAUGAGAAACUGCGAUUACGCAUCAUCUUUUUAGACGACAGCGAGAGAGUUUUCGAGGUGGAGAGAAAGAUUCUGGGCUCUGAUUUCUUCAAUAAGGUGUGUGGUCAUCUAAAGCUUCUGGAGAAAGAAUACUUUGGCCUGGAGUUCCGUCACCAUACUGGCAGCUAUGUCUGGCUUGAACUCCAGAAACCAGUGGCUAGGCAAAUCAAAAAUAUCAGUGAUGUGGCAUUCCAUUUUAUAGUGAAGUUUUUCCCUCCUGACCCAGGACAGCUGCAAAGAGGCUUAACCAGGUACCUGUUUGCCCUUCAGAUCAAACAGGAUCUGUCAAAUGGCAGCCUUACCUGUAAUGAUAACAGCGCCGCCCUGCUGGUCUCUCAUAUACUGCAAUCAGAAAUUGGAGACUAUGACGAGGAGUUAGAUGCUCAUCAUCUUGAAAAUAAGCAAUAUGUGCCAAAUCAAGAGUACUUGGACCACAAAAUUAUUCGCUUUCACAAGAAGCACAGAGGUCACACUCCUGCUGAAUCUGAUCUGCAUUUGCUGGAGGUUGCCCGGAAAAUGGACAUGUACGGGAUCCGCCCCCACCCUGCCCAUGAUGGAGAAGGCAUGAGGAUCAGCCUCGCUGUCGCACAUUUGGGAGUGCUCGUUUUUCAGGGAAACACAAAGAUCAAUACCUUCAGCUGGGCCAAGAUCCGAAAGCUGAGCUUCAAGAGGAAACAUUUCCUGAUCAAACUCCACACUGAGACUGGGCCUUCAAGGAGAGACACUGUUGAGUUUUCCAUGGCCAGCAGAGAUGUGUGUAAGGCAUUCUGGAAGGUGUGUGUGGAGUAUCAUGCUUUCUUCAGGCUUGCCGAAGAGCCCAAGUCACAUGAGAAGUCCAUUCUGUCUAGCAAAGGAUCCAGUUUCAGAUACAGUGGCAGGACACAGAAGCAACUUCUUGAGUGUGUGGGCUCUGGAGACAAGAAACAUUUGCCUUAUGAAAGAAGUUACUGCAAUUCUGAAUAUGACACACGACAGUGCAGAUCCUCUCCUGACAUACUGACUGAUGUCUCUAAGCAGCUGUAUGAGCAUCUACCUCCCAACCCAACCGUUGCUGGGCAACACAGCGAACAGACAGGCGUAGCAAAGCGCAGCCUUUCCGCUGCGGAAGUCAUGUUCACUAAUGAGCUGGAACGAUCCAGGCCCUUGUCAAGAAAUCCUGCCUUCUCAAGCAACUCUGCCUCACCCAAGCUUCGUUCCCUUUCCACAUCAGGAGCGGAACAUCAUGGUAGAGGAGCUCAGAGACAAAAGGCAAAGAGACGAUUGUCUCCUAGCGCCCAGCAUCUCGUGCUUCUCUAUCCUAACAUACCCCACCUCCAGUUCCACCCAGUGCUGCCAACUUUCCCACUCGCCACUCACCCGUACCUACUGCAAGACCACACGUCCUCAUCCCUAGACCGGCUUCCUCAAACCCAUCACAAUCAUGUGCCUCUGCAAUACCUGCCCAGACAAACUGCUCACUCGUCCUCUUGCUUGUCACCACAACUACAGAAGCAGCAGGAAAGGUUGGGUUCCACCGGCCAGGGAGAAUCGAGAUCGUACUCGAGAGGAGGACUAGGACUAAGGGCCGGGUUGAAUAGGAAACUGGACUUGAGUGGAGUGGAAGUGGGCCAUUACAGUGACGACUCCACCUUUCAGACCGGUUUGCCACGUCGAGCCUCAAGCCAAUCAGACUUCAAAUUUCAGCGACCGACGCUUGCCUCAAAUGCCGCUGCCUACGCAUCUGAGUUCCGCCCGCUGGGAUAUUAUCCACACCUUUCUCGACAUCCGAUUCCUACCAGACCCACCUAUCUUCCUCUAAGUCCUGCCCCUCUCCCGGAAAGACCCACUUCUUUAUGUGUACUCGGCACAGGUAGUUAUAGUGAUUCGGAUUCAGACACCUUUUACCCCUACUUUCCAGCAGUGGGUAAAGUGGUACGUUCUGGUCCGCUGGCACGUAUGCGCUUUUCUUCUGGAAGCCUCCAACUUGAUGAAGAGGAUGGAGAGGAGGAGGACUUGGACUGCCCAAAUGAUGAGAAGAAUACAACUCUCACAACUGUUAAGAUGAUGAAGUUGUAGCUAUGUGUAGAAUCUUGAACGUUGGCUGUGAUUGAUGGAGCUCAACAAAUAAUUUAAACCAAUAAGACCUGCAGACAAUGCACUCUCACAAGAAAUGGUCCAAAUAUUGACAAUGGAACACCUUUGUACCUUACUUAGCUUAUUCAUAUAAAUACCUUAAAGGUACAUUUUACCUAAUUCAGGGGUGUCUCUAAAAAAGAUUACAGAUGGGGACAGGGGUUUGCAGGGAAGCCACAGAAAAAAAUAUUUUUGGUUCACCAAAGAUGCUUUCAGUGAACCAUUCUUAGAACCUUUUUUUUUUUUAAGUGUAAUUUUUUUAUCUAAAGAACAUUUUUUCCACUAAAGAAUCUUUUGUAGAAUGCAAAGCUUGCAUGGAUAUAAGGUUCUUCAUGGAACCACAGAUGCUAACAAAGGAACCAUUAUUUUAAUUAAUAUUUAAUAUUAAAAUACUUAAUUCAAUACACCUUUGCAUCUCUGAUCUAAAGUUAUAUUUUGCUGUAAACUGCUUUGCAUUUUUUUUUAAAGGGAUAGGUUCCCCUGAAAUGAAAAUUAUAUUAUAAUUUACUCACUCCAAUGUCAUUUAAAACCUAUAUGACUUUCUUUCCUCUAUGAAAUAAGUAAAGGAAGAAGGCAUCAUUCAGAACAGCUUUGUGAAAUGUAUGUAAGUGAAAAGAUCAGAGUGAAAGCAUAUUAAUCAGACAUGAACAGAGUGGAUGGGAUAUCCUUCAAAACUGUGUUCCAAGGAUUUUGAAAACAUGGGGGUGUAUAAACAGUGACUAAAGUGUCAUUCUUUUAAUUAAUUAUUUCAUAAUAUGU